GGCUGUGACGAGGGCAGGGGUGACGUCACCCUUUCAACCCAGGGAAACAAUCAGAGCGCCCGAGCACUUUCGCAGGCCACUGAAUGGGCUGAGCGGACUUAAUACAUGCGAGAGCGCUUGUCGGUGCUCCCCGAGCUCAGAGGAAAAAAAAGAUUGUUUCAUUAUUAUUUUUAAGCCUCUCUUUCUCCUCUUCUUUUAUUUUACUCGGGUGAAACUUGGGAACUGUUCAACAGGUUGGCUAAUAACGCCUCUCAACUUUUUAUGUGGCUUUGUUGACUUCUGUGAAACUGCAUGUACAAAAAUGAAGAGCCUUAAAGCAAAGUUCAGGAAGAGUGAUGGUCAUGAGUGGAAUAAGAAUGAUGACCGCCUCCUGAAUGCUGUGGAACAUGGGGAGGUGGACAAGGUCACCUCCCUGCUGGGCAAGAAGGGAGUCAAUGCUGUAAAACUGGACAGCGAGGGAAAGUCAGCCCUGCAUUGGGCAGCAGCUAAGGGGCAGGUGGAAUGUCUUGGGGCGAUUCUUGCACAUGGAGCUGAUGCCUCAGUCCUGGACGCUUCAGGUUCAAGUCCUUUACACCUUGCAGCCAAAAACAACCACCAGGAAUGUGCCCUAAAACUGAUUCAGAGCAAAUGUGUGAUAGAGGCUCUUGACAGUACCGGGAAGACAGCUCUUCAUCAUGCAGCUGCGAUUGGAAGUGUACCAAUUGUCCAACUGCUGUGUGAGCACAAGUGUCCUGUAAACAUCAAAGAUGUGGAUGGGUGCACACCCCUCCUCCUGUCUGCCAGACACGCUCACACUGAAGUGUGCAGGAGCCUGAUAGACCACAGGGCUGAUAUCAACACAUGUGACAAGAAUGGAAGGACAGCUGUGAUGCUAGCAAGUGAGAGCAGCAGUCUGCCCACAGUGGAGGUCCUAAUUCAGAAGGGUGCUGACCUCAGGCUGGUGGACACGCUCGGCCAUGAUGUGCUGCACUAUGCGAAGCUGUCUGGGAACGCAGAGGUUGUUAACCUGCUGCAGGCUGCCCUCAGUAAAUUAUCCCCAGAUUGUGAUAAGAAGACACCAAAGCAACUUCAGCAUGAUCAAGUCACUAGGUUAAAUGAGGAAAGAGGCACAACUCCCAAAAAAAGAAAAGCUCCACCUCCACCUAUUAGUCCUCUGCAGAAUUUCCAGCCAUGUGAUUUUUCUUCCCCACCUUUUGUGACUCCAUCACAGACCCCUUUCAUGAGUAAUGAUGAUUCAUUCACAGAACUGCACAUUAAGCAAGGUGAACUGAAAAACACUGUGCUUGAAGGAGAGAUUGAGAAGUUGCAGGAAGAGAGGAAUAUGCUGUUACAGACUAUUCAGGAUUUGAAUGUAAUUCUUAACCACAACCAGGCGGAACUAAAUGGAAAUGAAGAAGGGAAUCUAGUAGCAGUAUUACAAGCAAAGAUUGCUUCUCUUUCACUGGAACAUCAGCAGGUGGAAAACAUUUUAAAGAGGCCGACCCAUCAGAGUGAGGAAGACAGUCAACACGGUGAACAGGAAGGCUCUCGUCCCAAUAGCUUUGACUCGAAUGCUUCAUACCACUCCACUAAGGAUGAUUUUGACAAGUCUGUGGAAGCCCAUGACAUGCCAGCAAAAGAAGAUGAAGAAACUGUUUCUGAAGAGCCUGCCUUAGGUUCUAGCUCUACUUCUGUAGAACAGGAAGAUCCAGGGAAGUCAGUGAAAAUGGAGAGUGAAGAAGAGAUUAAAGUUCUUCGGGAGGCCUUGCAGCACCUCCAGUUUAAACUUAGUGAGUCUGAGCUGGAGAAAAAAACUCUACAGGCCAAACUGUUACCUGGCUCUGCAGAUGUUCUCCAGCACAGUCCAGACGAAGUGUCUGAAUAUGUCUCUGAACUUAGGGACAAAAUAAAAGAGACACAGAGCAAAUACGAGGAUGCAAUGAAAGAAGUGUUAGCUCUUCGCGAUGAAAUGAAGUCAGAAGCAGUUGUUUCUGAAGAAGACAAAGCUGUUCCCAACAUGCAAGAAUUGAAAGAGCUAUAUGACAGUGAAAUUAAACAUCUGAAGGACAAACUUUCGAGAGCUUUGCAAGAGCAGGAAAGGGAUGCCAACUUGAUAAAGCAGUUGGAAAGCAACGUGGAGUCAAUGGGUAAUAGGUUAUCGGCAGAAGAAUGCGAAGAAAUGAAAAAUUCAUACAGCAUGCUCAUAGAGAACAUAAACCAAGAGAAGGCCCUGCUUCUUGAGAAAUAUAAAGAAGCACAAGAAGAAAAUAAAAUGUUACAGGAUGCCCUGAGAGGUACAGUACCUGUGGAAUCAGCUGCCAAAGAUUUUGACGAUAUGAAAGCAGAAAUGAGCCGGACUAUUGAUGGGCUGCAGAGACGUCUGCUUGAGCUAUCACAUUCAUACAGUGAAGCAAAGAGUGAGCUGAGCAUUGCUCGAAAUAAACUCGCCACCUGUGAGAAGGAAACUGGGCUUAAUGAACAGAAGCUUGAAGAAUACGUGACAAAGGAGCACCAUGAUAAUGUAAUGUUGGAUUUUACUCAAAAAAUACAGAAGAUGCAAGACAGUCUGGCAGAAACAGAGGCCAAGUACCGUGAAGCAUUGAAAGAAAAUACAGUACUUAAGGAAGAGGCUGAAAGUGAAAAGCAACAUUCCGUGAGCCUCAGCGACCAUACGCAAGUAGUUUCUUCUCUUGGAAAUGCCAUCAAAGAGUUAGAAGCCCAGGUGGACAAGCUAAAAGAGCAGCUUUCUCAGAAGGCACUUCAGAUUGACGCAUUACAAAAGCAGCUCUCUGAGAAGAUCAGUCUACAAGAAGACUUGGUACCCAGAAGUACACAUGAGGGGCUGAAGAAUACCCUUGAGAGCGAGAUAAAACAGCUAAUGCUAGACCUACAGGAGGCCUUGAAGAAGCAGGAGGUGCUGAAUAGAGAAGUUUCCCAAGCAAGGCAAGAAGUUAAGGAAGCCAGGAAUGAAAAGCAGACCAUUCAGGGAAUAGUAGCAUCUAAAGAUGAAGAGUGUGAUGAGCUGCGGACCAGGUGUAGGGAGGCCCAAGAACUAAUUUUUGAUUUGAAGAAACGUGUUGAGUGUCUCUCUAGCCUUGAACAAGACAAAGAUAAAAAGAUUGAGGAGUUGACUAAGGAAGUCGUCAAACUAAAGGAUGCGUUGAACAGUCUCUCCCAGCUGUCCUACACAACAGGAACCCCAAAGAGACAGAACCAGCAGAUGGAGUCUCUUCAACAACAAGUGAAGCAGCUGCAGUUCCAGCUUGCUGAGUCUAAAAAGCAACACCAGGAGAUUGUGUCUGUUUAUAGGAUGCACCUUCUGUAUGCUGUCCAGGGUCAGAUGGAUGAAGACGUCCAGAAGGCUCUGAAACAGAUAUUAAUGAUGUGCAAGCUGCCGGCAGAGACAAAGUGAGGCUGCUAAAACCAAACCAGGAGUUACACUAGACUCUGGGACUCAUGAGACCAUCCAACAGACAAGCACAUCUUCUGUUUCUGAGUCAAGCGAGACCCUCACUGUGUGUUUUUAAAUCCGUCCUCUAUAAAGUGCAGCACGUUUGUGAUGUGCAUGUUAGAAACAGAAACCUGGGUAUUACAGACAGACAGAACUCUAAACUUGUUAAGAUUCUAAACUACUUAGACUUAAAGAGUCUAAACUACUAUGAAUUUCAAUUCAUUCUCUGACAUACAAGUAGGUAAAAAGGUAAAAUAAAACUACAUCCCUUGCCCACGUUCUGAUUCAUAACACAUACCAAAAUAUUUGACAGAUGAAGCUCUUCUGAGGAAGCCCUUUAAGAUCUAAUUAGAAUAUUAUAUUUUCUUUGUGUAAAAGGAAUUUGCAGUAUUAAUUGGUCAACUGUACAAAUAUCCUUUUUAUCAUUUAACAGAUAUUUUCGUUAGAAAAUAUUGUAAUUUAUUUUUGACAUUUCAAGAGUGCUGUAAUGGCUUCCAUAAAAGCAAACAGGCACAUUAAAAGGUUAAGGCUAAAAUGAAGACCUGUCUCUAUGAACCACAUUUUUCUAAAGAAAGCAAUAUUUUCUGGAAAUUAGCAUGUUCUAAAGUUAUUCUGCUUCUCUCGUGAAUGCUAACAAGGAAUUACCACAGUGAUACUUUCAGACCGAAAGGUCUGUAAUUGUUUUGUCAUAUUUUAAUGCCAUUCUCUACCUUGCGUUGUUGUCCCCCUUGAACAAAAUAGCAUGCUGUGAAAGUUAUUUUUUAUAUUCUGAUUUGUGAUACCUUCAGUGUGUAUCAUGUUUUAUAAUGCCUUUUGAAACAACAUGCAAUAACAGAAUUUUGACAUUGAUAUUUGUGUAAAAUCUGAUGAAUUAACUAUUUAUUAUCGUGUACUUGAAUAACUACCUACAAGCAUAUUGUACUCUUUGUAGAAAAUGGUGACCUUAUUGUACAACUUAAUUGUAGAAUUUCUUAAGAUAUUGAUCAAGGCAUACAGUAUGAAUUCUUGUUACAGCACUACACUGAGAUGUUUUUCAUUUAUUGGAUUUUUUUGUUCAUACCUACAAUAUAUGAACAGUAUGUAUUUGUCCACAUACCAUCAUUCUUUAAUUAAUUGGCUUAAGGCACCAAAUCCGAACUACAAAAAUAUCCUUUAUUGAUAUUUUCUGUUACUGGGAGAACAUUUGGGUGAUUUUUUUUUUUAAUUAACCAUUAAAAUGCAUCAUGACAGCAUUGCUUGUCAAACAUAAAGCUCUGAAUUAAGAUCUUUUUUCAGACAAUGUUGCAUGUUUAUAGAGCCAAAAUUUUAUUUUUGAUACAUUUAAUGAUUUAGAUAAGUGCUAAAUAUGUUGAAGAAGAAAAUGGUAUUUCUCCAAAAAAUAUUUUUCAACGUGUAUUAUCUUUGCACUUUUUUUCCCCGUUUCAAGUUUCAUUUAAGGAACAUAAUAAUAUGUUUACAUGCAUACCUGCAGUCAAAUUGGAUGAUGGGAAGACAUAUUGAUGUCAUAUUGGCCUCAGAUUUGAUGAUCCUGGAACAGCAUUGCUAAAUGCGUAAGGAAUUUGUUUUUGUAAACUGCCACUGGGAUUUCUUUUUCAAAAAAAUAUAUAGCACUUAAGGCAUUUGCUUUAGUUAAUAUUACAGUAGUCUAUGUAUUUGAUACAGUAUGUUUUGAAGCAGGAAUUUUGUCAUGCAGAUUUUUGAACAUUUCAGCACGUUUUUACUGUUUUUUUUAUAAUGCCAAAACUUGCUCCUGCAUUUUUUUUUUCCCCGAUAAGAUAUGACUGCUUCUUCUGAUAGGAGGUACACAAAACUCUGAACGCUUAAAUUUUCCAAAUCAGUUUUCCUACAGGCUGUCAUUCUGCAGAGUAUCUCUGUCUGGAAUUAAUAAUGCCAUCUUAAUAAAGCUUACAAAGGAAAGGUUUCCUUGCAUAGCAAACCUUUUUUGCCUUAAAUUUAUGCAUGCAUUCCAUUCUGAGAUGUAGCGCAGAAUGUUCUAGUGUGGCCGAGGUGCUUAAAUGACUGGUCAUGUGACUGCUGCCUCUGAAGACAGCAGAAGUGCUCACUGCUUUAAGUUUGUUUACAAGUGUUUGCCAUGGACAAAAUAGCUCUCCCACUUCGUGGUUAUAUAAAGUACAAGAACUAAUGUACAUUGUAUUGGUAUUUCAAAAGAAGGGAUUGGUCCUUUUACUACUUCCUAUUUUUAUGGUAUUGUAAUAGAAACAAAAUCUGAUAUUUUUGUCAAACGUCUUUCUUAACCUGCCAAGGAUUUUCUGCUAAAUAAAAUUUGGUAAAUUUGA